CCAUUACACUUUAUGAAUACACCUUAAAACAUGCAUGUCAAUUUCUUAAUAUUAUUGUCACAGAUUAGGUAAUAAUUUAAAAGAUUCAUACUAAGCUAUAUGCAAACCUGGAUUACUUUCAGAGAUAAAAAAAAAAAUAUUCAACAUCACCAAUCAGAACCCAUUCGGAAGAACAUGAGGAUCGAAGAUGUGUACUAAAAGAUAAUGUUGUUUGCUUAUUAUACAUAUUUUUAAAAAAUGUAUAGUGAUAAUAUAAAGAAAGGAACUGUUACUGUCAAAAUAUGAAAUGAAAGAGAUAAACAAGCCGGCUAGGGCGGCUUAUGAUCAAAGAUCAGUUUUUGCUUAACAAGAAGCAUUUUCAAGUACAAGAAAAUAUGGUAAUGGGUUAUGAGGAACAGCUUCUUGGAGGAGGAGGAGGAGAAGAAGAGCUCUCCCUUUCUCAACUUAACCCUCUUGUUUUAGAGCUCAACCGUCUAAACAACCUUCUCAAAGAGAAAGACAGAGAUCUGGGAGCUGCUCAGGCAGAAAUUAAGGCUUUGAGAACAACAGAAGUUUCAAAGGACAAGGCUAUAGAACAGCUCAAGAAUGCAGUUAAUAAAUUGGACGAGAAACUCACAGUCACUGAGAACUUUGUAGAGCAUAAGAAUCUUGAAAUCAAGAAACUCAUAAAUGAUAAGAAAGAUGCAUUGGCUGCACAAUAUGCGGCAGAAGCAACUCUUAGAAGGGUCCACGCAAAUCAAAAGGAUGAUGAUUCCCUUCCAAUUGAGUGCUUGAUUGCUCCUCUCGAGGCAGAUAUUAAAUUGUAUAAAAAUGAGAUUGUCGCAUUACAGGAGGACAAGAAGGCACUGGAACGCCUCACCAAGUCAAAAGAAUCUGCUCUGCUUGAGGCAGAGAGAAUUCUGCGCAGUGCCCUGGAAAGGGCUCUAAUAGUUGAGGAGGUUCAGAACCAAAACUAUGAGCUAAAGAGACAGAUAGAAAUCUGCCAGGAAGAGAAUAGGAUUCUAGAGAAAACGAACCGCCAAAAGGUGAUGGAGGUUGAAAAGCUUAGCCAAACUAUUGAAGAGCUUGAACAGACCAUUCUAGCUGGUGGAGCUGCAGCCAAUUCUAUUCGUGAUUAUAAGCGACAGAUUUCUGAACUAAAUGAAGAGAAAAGGAUGCUGGAGAGGGAGCUAGCCAGAGCAAAGGUUUCUGCAAACCGAGUUGCGACUGUCGUGGCUAAUGAAUGGAAGGACGAAAAUGAAAGGGUCAUGCCUGUCAAACAAUGGCUGGAAGAGAGGAGGAUAAUGCAGGCGGAGAUGCAACGGCUGAAAGACAAGCUAGCUAUAUCAGAAAGAACAGCUAAGGCAGAAGCACUGCUCAAGGACAAGUUCAAGAUAAGGCUAAAGACUCUAGAAGAAGGAUUGAAGCAAGUAUCAAGUUUCACUGUUAACUCUAAUGCAUUCUGUGGAUCUCCUAAACCCGCAAAAACCAGCAACAUCCUAGGAUUCCUAACAAGUAAUGGAGGACUGAAGAAGAGGUCUACCUCCCAGCCAAGAGGAUCUACCAUAAGCCCAGCUACUCCUUUACAGCAGCCAAAUAUAGAAAAUGGAAAAGCAAAUGUUAUUGCAGAGCUGAAAACAGCUGAUUGUUUCAAAAAGAAAUACAGCUCAGGAGAAAACAAUUUGAGAAAUAGUCUAUGGGCAUCCAGAACUAAGGUUACUGAUAGCAGUGGAAAAGAAAACACGGAAGUGAAGGCAAACACAGAUUUGAAUCUUGACAAGCUUAAGAAUGAAGAUCUAAUAAUUUCAGCAGAGAUAAAGAACAAGGCUACUGGCAAUGACAACUUGCUUAAGAAUAAGGAAAGUGCCAGUCCUGAAUUUGAAGAUGUGGUGUCGGGAUUUCUGUAUGAUAGACUUCAAAAGGAGGUCUUAAAUCUAAGGAAGUCUUGUGAGGCUAGAGACAUUAGCUUGAGUGCUAAAGAUCAAGAAAUUCAGAUGCUCGCAAAGAAAGUUGAUGCGUUGACAAAAGCCAUUGAAGUCGAGUCAAAGAAAGUGAAGAGGGAAGCAGCGCCCAAAGAAAAGGAACCUGUGUCAACAAAAGUGGACAACCCCAAAAGGAUUGGGAGCAUGAACUCCUCUAGAAGGUUAAUGAAAGUUUCUUGAAUUCAUUGGUUGCAUUCAGUUCAAAGCUGCCUGAAAUUUAUUUGAUUCUUCAGCCAUUCUGUUCUGAUUUUUUACUGUAAAUAUGGGAUCCUGCUUUAGUGAUGAUGAUGAUAGCUGGUUGAAAUAAAGUUCGGAUACGAUGAAGGGAGUUUUGACCUUGUAAUUUCAUAGGACAGAGCUGCUUCAGAUUUUACAUGAAUGAUUCCCAAUUUGGUGUGGGUUGUGUAUAUGAAUAAAUAGCAACAUUUGAGACGUAAAAUGGAAACAAAAUGUUCUGCUUACUGAGGAAUAUGUUAAAAAAAAAAAAAAAGGAAAGAGUUUGGACACAAAUAAAAGAAAAGAUUCAUUCAAAUCCACAUUAAAAAUGGAUUAUGCUUGAGGAUUUUAUCUCAA